CUUAUUUACUGCAAAUAAAGAGUAAUUCACGUGGAGAUAAUUGAUUAACUGCAUUGUAUCUCGUGAUUUAUUUAUUUUUUUUAAUUUGUUGCAAUUUCUUAUGUAUUUCGAUGUUUGGAAUUUUCCUCUUUGCUUCUCUCUGUCUGUUUCAUGUCAAUAAUUGUCCAUUGGCCAAGGAGACUAGUUCUUGCUCUUGUGACCCACCAAGUCCCACAUAUCACCACCUAAUCCCUCUGCUCAUAUGAUCCGAUGAAUCUUCUCUCCGGUUUAAACAUUGCAGUGCUCUUCUAAUAAUCUCUUCCUCGAAUCCGAAUUCCCUCCGGUACUUGUAUUCCCGGACGAGAAUGAAUAUGUGCUUGGAGACUUGCUCUCCACGAAUUUCUUACUCCCUCGAUAAUGGCCAAUCGGAUUGCAUACCUGUUGAACCGACCCUGCCCUCAUUGCGCGCGAGCUCAAAUCCUGGUUUCGAGUUCGGGAACCGUGGCAGCUUCGAGUUCGAGCAGUCCUCAGCGGAUGAGUUAUUCGAGAAUGGGACGAUCCUUCCAAGUCAGGUUCAGAAGAGACGAGCUUCCCAGUGUGGAGAAGCUCAGGAGCAAGAACUAAGGCCGCAGCCUAUCCCAUUUCUAUCUCCACUGCAUCUGUGCCCUACGAGCCGUGGAGAGGCAAUGAAACGGACAGCAGAGGAAGAGGAAAUAUCCGCGACGAAUGGGAAGCCUGAGGAGAAGAUCCAGCCGAAGUCCUUCUGGGGGAUUAGGAGAAGCAGCAGCCUCGAUUCCGCAAAUGGCAACAGAAUGAGCUUUCUCUUCCCAUUACCGGCCCUGUCGAGAAGCAAGUCGGUGAGCUCAGCUGCCGCCCCGGAGUACCCGAAACGAAGGCCAUCACAGAAGCAGCAGCCAUGUAUACCGAGAAUGGCAAAGUCGUCCUCCACGUCGGGCAAUGCCUGCUCAAUCCCGCCGAGGCACAACUCAACUAUACCGAGGAAGAGUCGUAGUGGGGGAACGUAUCACGGGAGCAGCAUCAAGGUCAGCCCCGUGCUGAACGUCUCACCCUGUUGCACCUCGACAGGCACCACGAGCCUCUUCGGCUUCGGGUGCUUAUCCCUCCGGGGAAAGGAGAAGAAGAGCAGAGGACGAUGAUUUGUGUCUUCAGUUUCCUCUUGUCCAUCAAAGUUCAAAUUCAAAAUUGUAGACUUGCAGCUGCAGUCGAUUCGUUUUCCUUUUGUUCUAUAAAGUUCAGUUUCCUCUUGUCCAUCAAA